AGUAACACAAUUUUAUAUUAUCUAAGGCUACUAGUCUCAGUAUACUUGGAAGAGCUGAUAUCAUCGCAGAUUAAGUACUUUGUGGUGAUCGUCAGUUGUAUUGAGAGUCGUAUUUAAGGUAAAUAGGAAUUUAAAAUUGCAAAGGAAUGCAGCUGUUUACAAAGAGGAAGUUCAACUGUAUUUCUAUAUCUAAGUACGAGUAUAUCGGAUUAGUUUUAGGUUUUACAAACAGCCGUUAGGUGAACAAAAGUAUCAAACUCUGUGUGAUGUUGAGAGAGUAUAAAAUUGAAUAUUGGAAUGCAAAUGUGCAAUUAUUAUUAUUGACAACUUAUUGUUCUAGUUUCCAGAAAUUGUUCAGAUACAAUGGCAUGAUUUAUAAACUCUUGGGUGUAUUAGAUAAUUCAACAAACAAGGGUACAACUUCAUCUUUCUGUACCAACGAAAUAAGAGUUGUACAAGGGUGUGGAAUCGUCGGUGCGAGGGAGAGGACCAUUUAGAAAAAUUUUGUCAUGACUUUUGGAAAGCGUUACUGAUCGAUAAUAUGAGCCACAUUUCAAAACCCUCUAUUUAUAUUUCGCGCUUCAGCUGGCAUACAUACUUAUUUAGAUUAAACAAUUUUCUCAUUAAAAUAUGUAAGCAAUUAAAUUUGCUGUCGAAAAUAUAACAAGCAAUUACCAAAACGAAAAACUAUCAUGCAAAAAAUAAAAUAAUCACGACAAAUGUUGGGAGUACUGAAUUGUUACAAUCACUAAGUUGCGCGCCUUGUGUCAUAUUGUUCUAAUAAAAUGAAAUUGGGAACUUUUCCUGCAGUUAUCACUGGAUUCUAUAUACUUAUUAAAUUUACAUCGGUUAUUGCAUAUAUAAAGUUUACGAAUGUGAAGUGUGUGAACUACGAUAAAAGCUUCUUGGAAAUCCGACAAUGCGAGCUUAAAGCUUUGGCCCGCAAUAAAGUCGCAUUUUUCCUUAAUAUUCACUUUUUACAAUUGCCCAUAAAUAACAUCAGCGGGAACUUGGACGUUUAUAGAAAGGCGAAUGGCUAUCGUCCUUUCCUGUUUAAUUAUACAACAGAUUUUUGUCAGUUUAUGAAAAACAAGAAGCGAAUACCUUUUGGCAAGAUGCUAAUGAAUGUGUUUCAAUUAUAUUCCAAUGUAAACCACACUUGCCCCUACAACCAUGACUUUAUCAUCAAGAAUUUUGUGCUCGAGACAGAACAUCUUCAAUCACUACCUGUGCCAACUGGUGAAUACCUUAUGCGAUUUUUGGUCGAAUUCUACAAUGUUUUGAAAUAUAAGGUCGAGACAUAUAUACAAAUAGUAGAAGAAUGAAUAAUUAUUAUGAUUAGUUCUAACGUAAUAAUUUAAAUACAAAAUAAAGAGC